CAAGCGGACUUCCGGGGCUGGCCCCCGGGGAGGUCGGCGGCGGCGCCGCAGUCGUGGAGAGGCAGUAGGAGCGUGAGCGGCCACAAGCGACGCAAGUACCUCACCGAGCUCACCUCUCGUCUCGCGCUUCUCUCCUAGUCGCGUGCUGCCUCCCGCCGGCGGCUCCUCCCGAGGAGAGUUUUCGCCGCGGUUACUGAAAAGAGACUGUGGCCACCCCGCUCCGUGGCCAAGUGAGGCUGCCUGUCGCACCGCGUCGCCCCCUGCGCCGCCGCCUUGCCCCCAGUGGCAGGCGCCCUUCUCGCUCGAAGCACUCCCCCCAGCUCCAUGAAUGGAAAUCGGCUCCGCAGGACCCGUUGGGGCCCAGCCCCUACUCAUGGUGCCCAGAAGACCUGGCUAUGGCACCAUGGGCAAACCCAUUAAAUUGCUGGCUAACUGUUUUCAAGUUGAAAUCCCAAAGAUUGAUGUCUACCUCUAUGAGGUAGAUAUUAAACCAGACAAGUGUCCUAGGAGAGUGAACAGGGAGGUGGUUGACUCAAUGGUUCAGCAUUUUAAAGUAACUAUAUUUGGGGACCGUAGGCCAGUUUAUGAUGGAAAAAGAAGCCUUUACACAGCCAAUCCACUUCCUGUGGCAACUACUGGGGUAGAUUUAGAUGUUACUCUCCCUGGGGAAGGUGGAAAAGAUCGACCUUUCAAGGUGUCAAUCAAGUUUGUCUCUCGGGUGAGUUGGCACCUACUACAUGAAGUACUGACAGGACGGACCUUGCCUGAGCCACUGGAAUUAGACAAGCCAAUCAGCACUAAUCCUGUCCAUGCCGUUGAUGUGGUGCUACGACAUCUGCCCUCCAUGAAAUAUACACCUGUGGGGCGUUCAUUUUUCUCGGCUCCAGAAGGAUAUGACCACCCUCUGGGAGGGGGCAGGGAGGUAUGGUUUGGAUUCCAUCAAUCUGUUCGUCCUGCCAUGUGGAAAAUGAUGCUUAAUAUUGAUGUUUCUGCCACUGCCUUCUACAAAGCACAACCUGUAAUUCAGUUCAUGUGUGAAGUUCUUGACAUUCAUAAUAUUGAUGAGCAACCAAGACCUCUGACUGAUUCUCAUCGGGUAAAAUUCACCAAAGAGAUAAAAGGUCUGAAGGUUGAAGUGACUCAUUGUGGAACAAUGAGACGGAAAUACCGUGUUUGUAAUGUAACAAGAAGGCCUGCCAGUCAUCAAACCUUUCCUUUGCAGUUAGAAAAUGGCCAAACUGUGGAGAGAACAGUAGCACAGUAUUUCAGAGAAAAGUAUACUCUUCAACUGAAGUACCCACACCUUCCCUGUCUGCAAGUGGGGCAAGAGCAAAAACAUACAUAUCUGCCACUAGAAGUCUGUAAUAUUGUGGCAGGGCAACGAUGUAUCAAGAAGCUAACGGACAAUCAGACUUCCACUAUGAUCAAAGCAACAGCAAGAUCUGCACCAGAUAGACAAGACGAAAUUAGUAGAUUGGUAAGAAGUGCAAAUUAUGAAACAGAUCCAUUUGUUCAGGAGUUUCAAUUUAAAGUUCGGGAUGAAAUGGCCCAUGUAACUGGACGCGUACUUCCAGCACCUAUGCUCCAGUAUGGAGGACGGAAUCGAACAGUAGCAACACCAAGCCAUGGAGUAUGGGACAUGCGAGGGAAACAGUUCCACACAGGAGUUGAAAUCAAAAUGUGGGCUAUCGCUUGUUUUGCCACACAGAGGCAGUGCAGAGAAGAAAUACUGAAGGGUUUUACGGACCAGUUGCGUAAGAUUUCUAAAGAUGCAGGGAUGCCCAUCCAGGGCCAGCCUUGCUUUUGCAAAUAUGCGCAGGGGGCAGACAGCGUGGAGCCCAUGUUCCGGCAUCUCAAGAACACAUACUCUGGACUACAGCUCAUUAUUGUCAUCUUGCCAGGGAAGACGCCAGUAUAUGCGGAAGUGAAACGUGUAGGAGAUACACUUUUGGGUAUGGCUACACAGUGUGUUCAAGUCAAGAAUGUAAUAAAAACAUCCCCUCAAACUCUCUCAAAUCUGUGCCUAAAGAUAAAUGUUAAACUCGGAGGGAUCAAUAAUAUUCUUGUACCUCAUCAAAGAGUCAUGCCUCUGUAUCCUGGAGGAAUUGGUUACAGGACCCCAGUAGAUACCAAAACCGUUGUAGGUAGUAUGGAUGCCCACCCAAGCAGAUACUGUGCUACAGUACGAGUUCAGAGACCCCGACAGGAGAUCAUCCAGGACUUGGCCUCCAUGGUCCGAGAACUUCUCAUUCAAUUUUAUAAGUCAACUCGGUUCAAACCUACUCGUAUCAUCUUUUAUCGGGAUGGUGUUUCAGAGGGACAAUUUAGGCAGGUAUUAUAUUAUGAACUACUAGCAAUUCGAGAAGCCUGCAUCAGUUUGGAGAAGGACUAUCAACCUGGAAUAACCUACAUUGUAGUUCAGAAGAGACAUCACACUCGAUUAUUUUGUGCUGAUCGGACAGAAAGGGUUGGAAGAAGUGGCAAUAUCCCAGCUGGAACAACAGUUGAUACAGACAUUACACACCCAUAUGAGUUUGAUUUUUACCUCUGUAGUCAUGCUGGAAUACAGGGUACCAGCCGUCCUUCACACUACCAUGUUUUAUGGGAUGAUAACUGCUUUACUGCAGAUGAACUUCAGCUGCUAACCUACCAGCUCUGCCACACUUAUGUACGCUGUACACGAUCUGUUUCUAUACCUGCACCAGCGUAUUAUGCUCACCUGGUGGCAUUCAGAGCCAGAUAUCAUCUCGUAGACAAAGAACAUGACAGUGCUGAAGGAAGUCACGUUUCAGGACAGAGCAAUGGGCGAGAUCCACAAGCUCUUGCCAAGGCUGUACAGAUUCACCAAGAUACCUUACGCACAAUGUACUUUGCUUAAAAAGUUCAAGAAUAUUCUCUGAGAUGAACAAUUGAAAGAUGAAUUGACAUACACCGUAUGUUUCCAGUGGAGUCCAUUGAGUGGGGAUGCCUCCAGCCAUACAGAAACCAACACUGUGGGGACCAGGGUCUGAUUUUUAUGUUGAUACAAGGAAGAUUGUUUACUUUAUCAAGGGACACAGCACCAUUAUGCAAUAUGAAACCAGCCAACUGCUUUUUUGUGCGGUCUCCUGU